AUGACUUUUAAUUCGCGAGGUAUUAGCGAAUACCGGGCAGUAGUGGGCGGACAGGUGUCUCUGCCGUGCAAUACGAGCCUAUGGAUCGAGGAGGACAUCUCGCUGGUGAUCUGGUACAGAGGGAGCACUGGUAUCCCCAUAUACCGAGUAGACGCCCGUUCCUCGCGGCUGUCAAACUCAAAACAAGUGCCGUCGGAAGAGUUGGGGGAACGGGCUGUCAUGGAUGUGUCAGUACUGCCGCCGACCCUCAAACUGGAGCCGGUGCUCGAGGAAGACGAGGGCGACUAUCGAUGUCGAGUCGAUUACCGUAAACACAGGACACAGCACUUCCUCGUCCACCUCAACGUCACCGUUCCUCCGAAACAAGUAAUCAUCAAAGACUUAGACGGAAAUCGACUCCGGGAUGUGAUUGGGCCGUAUGAUGAGGGCGACAGUUUGACACUAGUGUGCGAGGCUUAUGGCGGUCAGUCAUCCCAUCUACUUUACGCUAAUUUAGCAUACACGUAUGGGAACGAACAUACGACAGAAUAA